AACCAGGUUAACAAGGAAAUGCAGGUGCAUUUACUUGUUGGUGGCUGUUUGGUACAGAUGUAUCUUUACUUUUAGAUUUUUAACUUAAUGUAUUUCAUCUUUUUGGUUUUUAGUUUUUAAACCUUUGACUUUUAUUUAACUUUUUACUUGAAAUCAAUCCUUUGAACCGAUUAACAGGCAACAGGAUAAAUUAACCUUACACAGUUUUGUUAACCUGUCAGUGGAUCAUUUUCAGAGAUCCUUCAGAACAACAAUAUUACCAACCUGACGUUUAUGACAAUCAACGUGUUGGAUCAGGAGACCUGGACAACAUGAAAAUAUCUGCUGUAACUGCGUUGGCUUUGCUGUUUGUCAGUGUCUUCACAUUUGUCACUGCAGAACAGAAACACAUCACAGCUGAGACUGGACAGGACAUCACUCUGCCAUGUCGAGCUCCAAACAACAACAUCCACCCUAUAGUUGUGGAGUGGAGCAGAGCUGACCUGGAUGAGUAUGUCCUUUUGUACAGAGAUGAGGGGUCUGUACUUGAGGACCAGCAUCCAUCUUUUAUGAACCGGGUGGAUCUGCAGGACAGACAGAUGAAGGAUGGAGACGUGUCUUUGAUUCUGAAGAAUGUGACGACUAAUGAUAAUGGAACAUACGAGUGUCAUGUUGUCCAGGGAGGACCCAGCCUCAAGAAGAGACUCAUUAACAACAAGCCUAUCUGUAUCAUGGACGUGAGAGUUGUUGAUCCUCCAGGUCAGACAGGAGGACACACAGAGGAUGGAGGGAAGGAGGAUGGAGGGAAGGAGGCUGGAUCUGUUGGACUGAAAGUUGGCCUGAUAGUUUUUGCUGUGAUUCUUGUUGCUGCUGUUGUUGGUUUUCUCAUCUACAGAAAACAUAAACAACAACAGAAUCAGGAUCAAUACCAGCCUCCACUUGAAAUGCAGCCUGUUUGAAAUCUUAAAUGGCUUUUUUCAGCUGGUCUGUGAGUCUCCUACUGCUGUUCCACUUCUCAAUGUUAUCACUGAACAUAGACAGAUAUUGUUUGGUUUUUUUGUGUGUGUAAUACCAUCCAAUACUUGAAUAGCCUGCUCUGUGUUUCAGCCUUAACUUUGGAGAAAAUGGAUCUGGUAACGUCUUUCAGUUCUUAUGAUUAUGGUGAUCUGUGAUGGUUUAAAAAAACAAAAAAACAAAUCAACAAGAAAAAAAAAAUUUCCUCUGUGAUUCAGAAUCGCAAAUAUUCAAAGUAAUUAAAAAUAAUACUAUUGCCAUAGUAACGUGACAGUCUAAAUUAUGAUCCAAUGUAUCUAAAAUAAGAGAAUGUCUAUAGGAGAUCUGGUUCAUAUUUGCUGAACUGACGGUUUUUGCUCCAGUAAUGUUUUUGAAUUUUAAUUAUUUUCACUACAAAGAGAAUAGAAUAUCUAGGAUAUAUCUUUCUAAUAAAAUCGUAAUAGCAGACUUCACAAAACUGGAGCAACAAAUCAUAUUUAGUUGUUUUCUUUCUGUUUAAUCAAAAACAUGAAAUUACAUUUUCAUGCAGCUUUCAUGCUGAAUUGAUUUGUAACAUGAAAAGAAAAAAAAUGUAUGAAAUAUUAUGGAUUGCAUGAAUCAAAAUCAUGAUUUGUUUUGAUGUUCAGAAAAACCAGUAAAAGCCCCACAUAUUAAUCUCUAAAGGUUUUUUAUUGAUUAUAAAAUUAUGUUAUUUUAAAUAAUAUAUUUUUUGUGGUACAUCUAUAUUUGGUGAUUAAAGCAUUGAAGCUUAGAAAACACUCAAGCACUUUGACAAUUUUGUUAUCGUGAUGUUGUGCAGGCUGGGUGC